CUUAAAAUAGUAUUGCUUAUGUGGUAUUUGUUAGAACAUAUCCUGUCUAGGAAACGCGGUCCAACAGACGGGAAACGGUCGAAAGAGGUCGAAAGUGCUUACUCUUCCCUCAGUGCACGUAGAAGCAAACUAUCUAACACAAACAAACAAACAUUUUCACAGAUAAACCUUUCAUUUUCCCCUUUUCUUUUGUCAGCUCUAAUAAGUCAUUUUCGAGUCCCUUACUUACUUGAAAGUAGAUCCCAUUGAGCUCAAUGGAAUUUACUUCCACGUAGACUCAGGUCAUGGAAAAAUCCACUCCUCGGUGAAAAAGGUUAUUUCUGGCUCAAUCCCAUGCAGGUGAAUUGCAGAUAAAACUGGUCCUCUCCUCGGCCGCUCAGACUCCCUGGCCACACCCACGCCGUCCGAUUGGUUGUUGCUCAGUUUAAACGGAGCCGCGCGGUGACAGCCGCCAGCUACUCAAGGACUGUGGGAGCUCUGGGCUUGCAUCAGAGGCGCUUCCAAGCUUUAUUUGCAGCGAACGGCGAGACGCACGAACCACUGACUCGCUCCUCUGCUCGCCUUUUGGAGGCACCGAGAGGGGCCCGACACUGGCCGGGCCGGGGGAGUUUUGUGGAAAUGAGUAGCCCCGAUGCUGGAUACGCCAGUAGCGACGAUCAGGCGCAAGGACGGUCCUCUCUCCCUCCCCUCAUGAUGCAGUGUCAGUGGGCAGAAUCGCUCAGCCCCUUAACCGAUGGCAAAGGCGAAGCCGCGGCCGAUCAAGUACAGCAGGGAGCCUCGGGCCGGGCCAAAGGAGAGACCCGCAUUCGCCGCCCCAUGAACGCUUUCAUGGUGUGGGCCAAGGACGAACGCAAGCGGCUAGCGCAGCAGAACCCGGAUCUGCACAACGCGGAACUUAGCAAGAUGCUGGGACAGUCGUGGCGGGCGCUGACCCAGGAGGAGAAGCGCCCCUUCGUAGAGGAAGCGGAGCGGCUGCGGCUGCAGCAUAUGCGGGACCACCCCCAUUACAAGUAUCGGCCGCGGCGGAGGAAGCAAGUCAAGCGCCUCAAACGCAACGACGGCGCAGUGGACGGCGGGGGCGGCUUCCUCCCAGUUCAGCAUCACCAGUUGGGUCUGCCCGGAGAGGCGGGAAAUGGAGGCAGCUGCGAGGGGCUCGGCCUUUCUUACGCAGAGCAGCCGAAUUACGCCGGUGGGAGCUUCCAUUACCGGGACUGCGCGCCGCUCCCGCUGUCGGCUUUGGGCACCCAUUUCGGAAACUACAGCCUGCCUACACCGGAGCCCGAAUCCCAGGGGGGCAACUGCGCAGAACCUGUCUUCUUCCCGCCACCCCACCCGGAGGAAGGCGGCUGUCUGCUGGGCCCCUACGGCUACCCGACGCCGCCUGGCUCCGAGUAUCCGGGCAACGGCGUGCCUGCCGGCGGCCACAACAACAAUGCCGGUAGUCCCAGUGUCGGCGUCAGCCUUUUCCGUAGUCGCUUCCCGGUGUCCUUGGCCUCCUACCCUUCCUCGCCCGCCCCGGACCACGCGCAGCAGCAGCAGCAACCCCGUCGCCGGGCGGAGGCCCCCGCGGGGCUCGAGCAGCUGCCCCCGCACGACGUGGACUUGCUGACAGAUGUGGACCGCGCCGAGUUUGAGCAGUACCUGCCCUUCGCCUGCCGUCCGGGCGACCUGGGGCUCCCCUACGCGAGCCACGAAGGUCCGGAGGCUAACGCCGCUGCCUAUUACUGCGCGGCCGCGGGUGGGGCCGGAACGUAUCCCGAGUUGUGAGUCGCAACGUCUCCAGGCGGGUGACGGCGGGGCAGGUGGACCCCUCUAAUACUAUUUAUUGUAAUUUAUUGACUGCGCUUCCAUUAGGCCAUUUGUAGAAAUGGAAAGAGGGGAAGGAGCUGCCGAGUUUCUAAACACCGGCACGUCCGCGAGGCUUGUUCUUGCAGGAGGCUCACUUUCGGGGGAAUAUAGGCAUAUCUUGCCUCGUUCAGGAUUUGUACAGAAUGGGUUGGGCUUGGACUAAAGCACCCCGAUUAAAGUUUCACUUGGAACAGCUUGGCAAUAAAAACCCAAAAGAAAAAAACCUUCAGAUGGUUUUUACACCAAGGUGUGGUGGAGUUGUGUCAUUCUUUAGAGACUUCCUUACUUCAGAAAAUAGCAUGCCAUGAAUGGUUGAAUCGCCCCCCACCCCACUAACUUUGCACACAAAACUUUACAAUCUGGCUUUGCACAUUACAAUAUUGUCAAAGAAUCCAAAUCAAUCACAUGGGUCUUAAUGUGGCUGGGUAAUCUUGAAACUAGAGGUCCCAGCUGAGCUCCUGGAAUGGCUUCCCCAUAAAGGAGAUCCCACAACAUCUGUCCUGGUUUCCCUGGGCCAGUGUGCUUGUGAGAGGCCGAUUACAUGGGCGGGGCCAGGAGGUAUAUUCCAUAAUACUCCAGGGUGAAGUGAGACCUGACAAACUCUGUAGCAUUCUCAAUUUAAUAGUUUUCAACCCUUUGGCCUCAUUCUCUUACCCAGAAAGCAUUCCAAGCAGUAAAUACUGAAAGGAUCCCAAAGAUAAUCAGACGAGAAAACAACGCUUUUGCCUGGCUUAGAUCUAGUGUUUGAACAUGCUUCGUUCCAGUAAGUGUCACCUACUGAUAGAAGGUGUUGGGAAAGUUAGUUUAAAUAAAGAGUCACCUUCCCUCACAAUCCGAUCCCUAAGAUAUUCUCCAAAGGUUCAUAGCCUGCCAAAGUCUUCUUAGCCUUAGAAGGUAGGUUUCAUAUCUGACAUAUGCCUAUCAUUAGUAUUAAUUUGAGCAAAUUAAAUGAACAUAAUUAAAUGUUCUGUUUCUCAAUUCUAUUCCAAGAAAUAGAAUUUGUAUACCUUGUUCCCUUAAAAAAAGUCUUUGACUUCAGUAUCUAAAGAGAUCGUAAUCCUGAGUCGUUUAGGAUUGCAGUAAAUUGGUGCAAGAUGAGUGUUUGACCACUGUACUACUGUUUGGAGCUCACCUUAAUAGCUGAACUGUUCACACUUAAUAUCAUCAAUUUAGGACUACCAGAUCCAAGGAUCAGCAAAAAAAUGGGAUAGCAACCAAGAUGGGGCUAAGAUGUAGAAAAUCUUGUUGCCCUUUUAGGUAGGGCAUUACCUAGAGUAUAGUCAAUUGAACAAAAUGAAACAAAUUCUCAAUGCUGUUGAGAAUUUGCUUAGACAGAAUCCUUCAGAAGAAAAAAAAAAGGAAAUCGAGCCAUCCUUAAUUGAUAGCGGUCAUAAAAAACUGGAUGUGUGUCAGAGGAAGGGACAGACAGGAGCUUUUUAUAUUGAUAUCCUCUUAUUUUAUACCUAUUGGCAGCAGCACUAUAGUACAUACUUGCUAUUAAAAGUACAGAUUUUUUUUCUGAUUUUGGUCCAUAUCUGUAUCCCUUUAAAAAAGAGUACGAACAUGAUACAUAUUUCCUUUUCUUCCUUUCAACGUAGAAAAUAAAGGCAGGUAGAAUGUAUUGUGAUGGAUAUGGGUUGGAGUUUACCUUGUAGCAAACAAUAAACCCUGGUAACAUAAUCCCUCAAAGAGCAAGACUGAGAUUAUACAAUAUUUUUGUAGUAAUGUGGAUAUGCAGAUAAGUGAUUUCCCAUCUCGUUGCCUGUAACCUGUACUCAGGAAUAUGUUCCAUGAUCAGGAUUUAAAUUUAUAAUAAACAUGAUUAACUUUUUCAA